AUGAGCUUUACACCGUCUACAAAUCCCAAAGCCUCUUCGUCUCCUCUCCAUUCUAGCGAAUCUCUGCGUUCAGACGGUCUAGUCAUGGAGGUGGUCUCGGCGGCCCCCUCCAUGGACUUGAGCUUGGACAGCGCGACCUCCACCCCAUACAUCACUGCUCCUUCGAGCCCUCAAGCCUUCUGCAACUUCUUCAAUCCAUGCACAGCUCGUCCUCUGACGACAGCUUGGCGGAGUCGCUCCGAUUUCGAUCUCCGUGUUUGCGAGGAAUUCCACGAGAUCUCCCUCGUCUCGGACGAGGACGAAGUCGAGCGCUCUUGGAAUGACGACCCGCGGUUCUCCAUAGCCUUUGCAUGGGAGAACGCCCUGCCGACCGUGAUCCACACGAAGAGAGAGGAUGGUCGUGCCGUCAAUGACGACGGUGGCGAAGACUUCGUGUUCGAUCUCGGCGGGUGUUCCUGCGAGAGCUCUGCCGCGUCUGCCGACGAGAUCUUCCAUGGUGGCAAAAUCAGACCCUUGAAAUCGUCACCUCCUCAGUCAUCGGCUGAGUCACGAGAUGAUGAUACUGCCGGAGGCAAGCCACUCGAACCUGGCCAGAUCAGUCGAGUAGAAGAGUUUGGUACGCCGUGUUAUCCAGAGAAAGGGAGAGAGCGCGGUCGAGAGAGAAACGUGCGACCAUCGUCAUCUUCUUCCUCGUCUCCCAGUUUCGGUCGUAAGGGGACGAGAUCUCUCUCGCCCCUGAGAAUAUCCGACAUUUUGCUCGAGCGAGACGAUGAGGACGAGGAGAACUCAGUACUGAACAUCCACAAGAAUCUGCUGCCGCUGUCGUCCUCGUCGCCUUCUGGUUCUUUUUCUUCUUCCUCCACCUACUUUUCAUCUCUGAUAUCCUUCUCGAAGGGCGAUCGGAGAAAAUGGAGUUUCAAAGACCUGUUAUUGUUCCGAAGCGCAUCAGAGGGCCGGGGCACGAGCAAGGACCCGUUCAGGAAGUACUCGCCUGGUUUUAAGCCGGGAGGGAUCGCGGAUCGUCCAGGGUCGGGUUCGAGUCAGAGAGCUACUGAGUCGACUCACGAGUCGCAUUACAGGAUGAAGAGAACAGCUUCGGAGGAGAUGAAGAGGAGGACCGCACUGCCCUACAAGCAUGGCCUGCUCGGAUGCUGGGUUAACGGUGGCGGCGGCGGCAGCCGCCACGAGAUUGCGAGAGGUUUGGGGUCUUGA